AUAAUUUAUGGGGGUGGUGUUAAAAACAAAUUAGUAAAUUUAAAUAGUAAAAUUAGUAGUUUUAGAGUAGAUGCGGGUACUAGGUACUUGCGAACGGGUGGACCAAGYUUUAAAAGAUGAGUUCAUCGAUGGUUAUUCAGAACCAAUCAUAAAGAUAUUGGUACAUUAUAUUUCAUUUUUUCAAUUUGGGCUGGUCUGAUGGGGACUGCUUUUAGUGUUAUUAUUCGUAUAGAGUUGGCUAUGCCGGGGAAAAUGCUAGAUGAUGGUCAGCUUUAUAAUUUAGUUGUAACUGCUCAUGGAUUAGUUAUGAUUUUUUUCUUAGUAAUACCAAUAAUAAUCGGUGGGUUUGGUAAUUGGUUGAUUCCAUUAAUAUUAAAAAUACCUGAUAUAGCAUUUCCUCGAAUAAAUAAUUUAAGUUUUUGGUUACUUCCUGUAUCAAUAUUGUUAUUAUUAGGGUCUGCAUAUGUGGAUGGUGGGGCUGGUACUGGUUGAACAGUGUACCCUCCGUUGUCGUCAAUUGGGUUCCAUUCAGGUUGUGCUGUGGAUUAUGUAAUUUUUUCUCUUCACGUAGGUGGUGUCUCUUCAAUUUUAGCUUCUAUUAAUUUUGUAAUUACUACAUCAUUGAUGCGAACAGGUGUCAUGUUAAUUUUGCGUAGUAGUAUGUUAGCUUGGUGUUUAGGAGUAACAGGUUUUCUUUUGAUUGUAGCUAUACCAGUUUUGGCAGGGGGUUUAACUAUGCUGCUUAGUGAUCGUCAUUUUAAUACAACAUUUUUUGAUCCAAUAGGGUUGGGAGACCCUAUUUUAUUUAUUCAUUUAUUUUGGUUUUUUGGUCAUCCAGAAGUUUAUAUUCUAAUUUUACCCGCUUUUGGGAUUAUUUCUCAUGUUGUGAAGGCUGGAAGUUCUAAGUUGGAGUUGUUUGGGAAGGUACCAAUGCUUCAUGCCGUUACUUCAAUUGGKUUUUUGGGUUUUAUUGURUGAGGGCAUCAUAUAUUUACGGUUGGUAUGAAUGUAGAUAGUCGGGCUUAUUUUAGUACAGUAACUUUUAUUAUUGCUAUUCCUACAGGGGUGAAAGUAUUUAGGUGGAUUGCUACUUUGGCAGGGGGUUAUAUUAAAAACUGACCAAUAAUAUAUUGAGCUGGGGGUUUUUUGUUUCUUUUUACGUUAGGUGGAUUAACAGGUAUUAUCUUGGCUAGUGCCUCUUUGGAUGUGGUUCUGCAUGACACUUAUUAUGUAGUGGCCCAUUUUCAUUAUGUUCUAAGAAUGGGAGCUGUYUUUGCUAUGUUUGCUGGUUUUCAUUUYUGGUAUCCGUUGYUAACAGGUGUAGGAAUAAAUCCUCUUUGAAGAAAGAGACAGUUUUUUAGAAUGUUYUUAGGUGUAAAUAGAACUUUUUUCCCUCAACAUUUUUUAGGAAUAAGAGGRAUGCCUCGGCGUGUUCAAGAUUACCCAGAYACUAUACAUGGUUUUAAUAUAYUCUCUAGUUGAGGUUCUACACUAUCUUUAGUAAGCUUGUUUUUGUUCUUAUUUAUUUUAUGGGAGUCAAUAUUAAGAAAACGUUGUUUAAUUUUUCCUAUAGUUCGUUGUAGAGAGUCUGAGUGAGGUGCACGUGGUUUUCCACGAAAGUUCCAUAAUGAAUCUCAGAAUCCCUAUGGUAUAAGAUUUGAGGGAAAAAAUUUCCGACGGUGGGGUGUACUAAAACCUUAUAAGGCUAAGGGUCAUUAG